CUUCUGAGGGCGGGACGGCGCGGAACCUGCGGAGCUGGUGGUGGAGGCGCGUGUCAGAGGUGUGCGAGAGUGGGAGCUUCAGGAUGGCAAAACAUAAGAGAAAAGGUCUGGAAGGGACAGGAAAGGAGAGUAAAAAGCAGAAGACAACACCGGCAGAGGAGACGCCGAGGGCAUCUGAAGCUAGGCCAGGCCAGGAGGCGGCCGGCCCCAUGGUGCAGGAGCCCAGCCCUGAGUUGUCCCCAGAGGAGAGGAGGGUCUUGGAAAGGAAACUGAAGAAGGAACGGAAGAAGGAAGAGAAGAAACGACUGAGGGAGGCGGGCAUUGCCGCAGCACAGACCCUGCCAGCCAAGCCCUCAGCUGCCGCUCUGGCCCUGGAGUACCUCCAAGGGUGGGCUCAGAAGCAGGAGAGCUGGAGAUUCCAGAAGACGAGGCAGACGUGGCUCUUGCUCCACAUGUAUGAAGAGGACAAGGUCCCUGAUGAACACUUUUCUACCCUGCUGGACUACCUCGAGGGGCUGAAGGGCAGUGCCCGAGAGCUGACGGUCCAGAAGGCCGAGGCCCUGAUGCAGAAGCUAGAUGAGGCUAGCCCCGAGACCAGAGACAGGUCACUGGGGAAGAUGCAGCGCCUCCGGCAGGUUCUACAACUACUCUCCUAGUGUGAAGAGGUGGCCUUGGGCCCUGAGGACACACUGGCUACCUCCUCCCAGAGCUGCAGGAGGAAACGGGUGACCAGCAGGUCACCUGGCUUGAGUCCUGAGAAGAACCCUUCAUCCCCCUCCCUAUAAGCUGUAACAGUUUCUGGUGCCUUGGGAGUUGAACAUGGUCUCCCUGAAACAGC